GCAGCUUAUGAUAUCAGUCUUGAGUGAAUCCUAAUUGUUGUUGAAGAUUGAGAAGAAGAAAAUCAAGAAUGCACCGGAUUAUAUACAAUUUUAUUGCCAAGAUCAGAAAAGUAAUAUUGAUAAAUAUUGUUAAAUCGAACAUGCAGAGAAACAUAUAUUCUAGAUGACUUCCUUGUUGAAGAUACUUCUGAUUUGUGUACUUUUGAUUUGAGGUCAAAAUCAGGUGCUGUUUAUUGGUGGAGGAGGAAGGAUUUAAGCAUAUUAUCGCUCGAGACUGUUAUUGGGAUUCUAGUUUUGAUCAAUGCAUCAGAUCUCAAGUUUUCAAGUAAUUUAUUUAAAGAAAAAGUGAAGUAUUUAAUCAACUCUUUUAUGUGUGUGACUACCCGAGUGGAAAUUAUAUACAGCCAGUACCAAUCAACUUAAGAAGGGAGAAGAUCAUCUUCUGCUCUCACAGAAAACAAAAUUUGUCACCUGUUAAUAAAGAGAUGGAGUUAGACAAAACGAAAAAUUGCAAUACGAAGUCACGAAACAGGUAUAUCUGUUGCCUUUUAGACACUGGGCGAUUUUGAGCUUUUUAAAUUUAGAUUUUAUCAAGAAAAUUGACAUGUACAUGGUAUAUGACUCUGGAAAUAGAGCUCUAAUUGUAAUGAAGGACAAGAAAGUGUACACUUUAGAAUACAACAGUGAUGAUCAUUUGCAAUCUGACAGAUAUAUUGGUAUUCAUCCAAAAGAGAUAGAAGAACUGUGUGAGAGAAACAUAAAGAGCUUUGCUUGCAAUACGCAUUUUGCCAUGGCACUUACCGAAAAUGGAAAGGUUUAUUGUUGGAACUUUUCAACAGAAGACAUAGAUGAUGAUAACGAUUGGCGUAUAUCUAUGUUUCCAAGUAAACCUACACGCUUGGAUAAUUUAAAUGACAAAUGUAUUAUCGAAAUCGCAUGUAGCGAUUCCCAUUAUCUCGCUUUAACUAGUGAUGGAGAGGUGUAUGCUUGGGGAAAAAAUACUUUUGGACAAAUUGGCAAUGGAAUCGCAUCAAAAGUUGAUGUCACUAUGCCAUCACUGGUUGAUUUCGAAGAACAGAAGAUUGCCCAUAUUUCCUGUGGCGCAAACUUUAGCAUGGUUGUUACUGACACGGGCAAAGUAUACGGUUGGGGCAACAACGAUUGCGAUCAGAUUUCAUUUAAAAAUAUCAAUCAUGAUUUUUAUGUUUCUUAUCCUGAGAUGUACAAAUCCCCAUACGAAAUAACUGAAAUGUCGGACAAAAGAAUAAUUAAGGUGGCCUGUGGAUCUGAACACACAUUAGCGCUUACAAAUGAAGGAUACAUUUAUGCUUGGGGCUUCAACAAUGUCUCACAACUGGGCAUAAUUAAUAACAAUCAAGAAUCCUCUCCUGCAGGCAUGGUGGACAUUCCCGAGCCGGCUGAGGAUAUCAGUGCCCACGGUAACUUAAGCGUUGCUCUCACCAAUGUUGGGAUUAUCUAUGUAUGGGGAGAAUGUUUUGGUAAAGACAUUAGCCGACCGUUACCCACGCAAUUAGCAACAAUUCACGACGCAUUUGCAUUUAGUUCAUUGAGAACUAUGGUGACACCUUUUAAAGUCAUUACAAAUGAUUUUUAUGAUACACAAAAUAUAUAUGAACCUGUAUUAUUCGACAAUUUGGGAACAUCUUUUAAUGAUUCAGUGACAUACGAUGCAAUUUUUAAAGUUGAGGAACAUUCUAUUUUCGUUCGCAAAGCUAUUCUUCAAAAUCGUUGUAAUUAUUUCAUAUUUUAUUUUGACUGGACUAAAAAUGAUACAAAUUCAGAUGGUGUGCCAAUAUAUUUUAUAUCGGAUUUUUCCUACAUCACGUACAAUGCCUUCUUGAAAUACUUAUAUACUAGAAAAAUCGAUUUAUCUUCGGAGAAUAUAAUAGAACUUAUAAAAUUGGCUAUUGAGUACGAUGAGAUUAGUCUUAAAACAAAGUGUUAUGAGAUGAUAUAUGAAACAAUGACCGAGUCAAAUGUACUUUUUUUUUACAAAGAAUCUAUCGAGUACAAUUUUAACGAACUCGAGGAGCUUAGUUUCAAAUUUGCUCGGCGUCACAUCAUAAGCAUAUUAAUGUCGGAAGAAUAUUUUAAAUUAGACAGAAUUAUAAUGAAAAAAUUUCUUCGAAGAGUAUUUCAUAAUGAAUACAAAGCCUUCUUCGAAUAUUUAUAUACUAGGAAAAUCGAUUUAAGUUCGGAGUAUACAAUAGAACUUAUGAAAUUGGCUGAUGUGUAUGCUGACACUGAUCUUAAGGAUAAGUGUCGUAAGAUAAUAGAGGAAACAAUGGUUAUAUCCAAUGUAGCUUUAUACUACAAUAAGGUGAUCAAGUACAACGUUAGGGAACUUCAGGAUCUUUGUUUGGAAUUUAUUCUGCAUAACGCGAUAGAAGUAUUACAGUCAGAUGAAUUUCAUAAAUUGGAGAUAUAUAUAAAAAAUAAAAUUAUUCGAAAGGCAACCAAAGAAAAUGUAAUAAUGAAUAAGAAAUGAAGCAAAUCCUGUUUCAA